AUGGCUUCAAACAAUCCUCUAAACACAGCGUCUUUGGGCCGCUCCACCAGGGCUACCACGGCACGCCGGCGCCUUGAACGUGCAGAACAGGAGGCUCAGCGCCCGGCGACCUUAUCCAACAACGAGCCUGAUUUCGUCCCCAGCCAGCGCGAGAACAUCAUUACCCACGAAAGCCAGGUGCCACGCCGCUGGCGCAGGCUCGCGCCGGCGCCAGGACCACAGGUGACAACUGCACCCGAGCACAGCAAUGGCAACAUGGUCACCGAGAUUCAGGACCCAAGCGCGCGCGAAACAUCGGGAGAGAUGUCACGGCGCUUUCGGACACUCUUGCCAAUGCCGGACACAUCAGUCUUGCCUGCACCCGAGCGUAGCAAUGACAGCAUAAUUCCCGAGCCUCAGAAUACCGGCGGAAUCCAGGUGCCACGUCGCUGGCGUACCCUCGCACCGAUGCCAGAAACACAAGUGACAACUGCACCCGAGCCUAACAAUGGCAACACGGCUACCGAAUCUCACAACCGCAGCCUUCGCGAACCACCAGUUGAGAUGCCGAUGCCCCUGCGCUUGGGGACACCCACGCCUGCACCAGAGGACCGCACAAGGCGCUCAACAUCAGUCGGGAUGCCGACGCGCCUGCGGACGCUUUCGCCCGUGCCGGAAGACCCAGCCCCGCCUGCACCCGAGCCCAACAACGCCAACAUGGUGCCCGUGGCCGGCUUCCACAUCCCUCAUCUUACAGAGUACCUGGUAAACGGCGGCCGAGCUUCAGCUCACCAGGGCGUUGGAGGAACAAUGGACACCGAGCUGCGUGAUCCCACCGCAACUCUCCAGGCCGAGAUCGAGUCGACUGCAGCAGAACUAGGCUUGGACAUCAAUGCCCCGAACGCGUUCAACGAACGUGCACUUGGCGCGCAGAGCUUGAAUGCCUGGGACGACGGGGUGGUUGGUCCAGCCCAACUGAACUCCUACGACAACCACCUGGACAGUGGCAACUACCAGCCGCAGCCGUAUUCCCCCAUGCAAACCGGGAAUCAUCAUGCCGCCGCCUACAACCUCGCAAACGACCCGAACUCCUUCGGACGUGAUGGAGGUACAUGGACCACGAAUGCCCCAGGCGUCGGCGUAGCAGAAUGCGGCAUUGACGACGCACUCGAGGUUUUCAAUGCUGGUGUUGCGGAGGAGAUGCAGUUUGGCGGCGCGACUGAGAUGAUGCCCGGUGACCCUUCGUUGGAUGGACAGCAUUGGCCUGGUAUCUAUGCGGGGGGUGAGGGGGGGAAUGGUACGCUUUUGGAUUUCGAUGGGGUUCUGCGUGAGGAGGAUUUGAGGUUCUAA